CCCCUGAAGCGGCGCCCAAGUUACGGCUUCCGGGCGCCAUCUUACCCCCGGCGCGCUUUCCUCUGUGGUGCUGCAGUGUCUGCUUCGGGCUUACUCUUUAGCACCAUUAAGGAAAGAUGUCUAAAAGACAUCGUCUAGAUCUGGGGGAUGAUUACUCAUCGAAUAAAAAGAGGAUAUCGUCUGACGGGAAAGACAGGGAGCGUGACCGAGACCGCGAUGACCGCUCCAGAGACCGAGAACGGGAGCGAGACCGCGACCGGGACAGGGAAAAGGAGUCCAGGGCCCCUGGUAGCAUUAGCGGCCCCGCGGUGACGGGUGGGGCCGCCCCUCUGAAGCAGAUGGCUAUCCAACAGCAGAUAAACCCGUUUACCAACCUGCCGCACACACCACGCUUCUACGAGAUCCUGAAGAAGAGGCUGCAGCUGCCCGUGUGGGAAUACCGGGAGAACUUCAACAACAUCAUGGCCCGGCACCAGAGUUUCGUGUUGGUUGGGGAGACCGGCUCCGGGAAGACCACGCAGAUCCCACAGUGGUGUGUAGAGAUGGUGCGCUCCCUGCCGGGACCCAAGCGGGGCGUGGCCUGCACGCAGCCCCGGAGGGUGGCGGCCAUGAGCGUGGCCCAGCGCGUGGCUGACGAGAUGGACGUCAUGCUGGGCCAGGAGGUGGGCUACUCCAUCCGAUUCGAGGACUGCAGCAGCGCCAAGACCCUGCUGAAGUAUAUGACUGAUGGUAUGCUCCUUCGGGAGGCUAUGAAUGACCCCCUGCUGGAAAAAUACGGUGUGAUCAUCCUGGACGAGGCCCACGAGCGCACGCUGGCCACUGACAUCCUCAUGGGUGUCUUGAAGGAGGUGGUACGGCAGAGGGCGGACCUCAAGGUGAUCGUCAUGAGCGCCACGCUGGAUGCCGGCAAGUUUCAGAUUUACUUUGACAGCUGCCCCCUGCUGACCAUCCCUGGUCGCACACACCCCGUGGAGAUCUUCUACACGCCGGAGCCCGAGAGGGACUAUCUAGAGGCUGCCAUCCGGACCGUCAUCCAGAUUCACAUGUGUGAAGAGGAGGAGGGGGAUGUGCUGCUCUUCCUCACCGGCCAGGAGGAGAUCGACGAAGCCUGCAAACGGAUCAAGCGGGAGGUGGACGACCUGGGGCCCGAGGUGGGGGACAUCAAGAUCAUCCCGCUGUACUCCACGCUGCCCCCCCAGCAGCAGCAGAGGAUCUUCGAGCCCCCGCCUCCCCGGAGGGCCAACGGGGCGAUCGGGCGGAAGGUGGUGGUGUCCACAAACAUCGCCGAGACGUCGCUGACGAUCGACGGAGUCGUGUUCGUGAUCGAUCCCGGAUUUGCCAAGCAAAAGGUGUAUAAUCCGCGCAUCCGGGUCGAGUCCCUGUUGGUUACGGCCAUCAGCAAGGCGUCGGCGCAGCAGCGGGCCGGUCGUGCCGGCAGGACCCGGCCCGGCAAGUGUUUUCGCCUGUAUACAGAGAAGGCCUACAAGACCGAGAUGCAGGACAACACGUAUCCCGAGAUCCUGAGGUCCAACCUGGGCUCGGUCGUGCUGCAGCUGAAGAAACUGGGAAUCGAUGACCUGGUGCACUUUGACUUCAUGGAUCCACCAGCCCCCGAGACUCUCAUGCGGGCCCUGGAAUUGCUGAACUACCUGGCAGCUCUGAACGACGAUGGCGACCUGACGGAGCUGGGUUCCAUGAUGGCCGAGUUCCCCUUGGACCCACAACUGGCCAAGAUGGUGAUCGCCAGCUGCGAGUUCAACUGCUCCAAUGAGAUCUUGUCCAUCACCGCCAUGCUGUCAGUCCCGCAGUGUUUCGUUCGUCCCACGGAGGCUAAGAAGGCGGCCGACGAGUCCAAGAUGCGUUUCGCCCACAUAGACGGCGACCACCUGACGUUGCUCAACGUUUACCACGCCUUCAAACAGAAUCACGAGUCCAUGCAGUGGUGCUACGACAACUUCGUCAACUACCGCUCCCUGAUGUCGGCGGACAACGUGCGCCAGCAGCUCUCCCGCAUCAUGGACCGCUUCAACCUGCCACGCCGGAGCACCGAGUUCACCAGCCGUGACUACUACCUCAAUAUCCGGCGGGCCCUGGUCACCGGCUUCUUCAUGCAGGUGGCACACCUGGAGCGUACUGGGCACUACCUGACUGUCAAGGACAACCAGGUUGUCCAGCUUCACCCAUCGACAGUCCUGGACCACAAGCCUGAGUGGGUACUCUACAAUGAAUUCGUGCUGACCACCAAGAACUACAUCCGCACGUGCACGGACAUCAAGCCGGAGUGGCUUGUGAAAAUUGCGGCCCAGUACUACGACAUGAUCAACUUCCCUCAGUGUGAGGCCCGGAGGCAGCUGGAGCGCAUCAUCGCCAAACUGCAGACCAAGGAGUACACGCAGUACUGAUGGACGGCUUUGUGGGGUGGGGGGGGGGGCGGGGGGAGGAGGCAGGCUUGGGCGUCGGCGGCUCGGCGCGAACUCACCCAGAACUCUUGGACUUGGCCGUCGUCCGUAGCAGCCCUUUUCUUUGGGAAAUCCUUUGCCCUUCAGAUUUUGAUUAUUUUUAUAUCACUUUUGGCUUUUCUUUUGUCCGCUUAAUAACAGGGUGUAAGGUACCGUUCUGGAAGAGAGCGCUGCAGAUGUUUCGGGGUUUCCACUGGAGUUUGGUUGCAUAAUGUGUAAUGUAGGGUCAUUCAUGUGGAUGCUGACAUUCCUCUUAGACAUUGUGAACUCGAUCUACUUAUGUAGACAGCCCUCUUCAAUAAAGGAGCUUUGAUUUCAAUAAA